AUGGAUUAUACAGAAUUCAAAGGCAAAACAGUGCUUAUAACCGGAGCUGGUAAAGGUAUUGGGCGAGCCAUUGCAGUAAGACUGGCCAGUCUAGGUGCCAAGGUGUACGGAAUUAGCAGGACACAGACAGAUUUAGACAGUCUCAGACAACAGGUGAAAUGCACCAUCGAUAGAAACCUGGCUUCUGGAUAUAUCAGACUGGGACACUACACGGGAAAUAGUGGGCCGAUAGAUAUGCUUGUGAACAAUGCAGCGGUUGUUAAACAUACACCAUUCUUAGAUGUUACAAAGGAAGAAUUAGACGAGUAA